GACCCGUUCGAAAGGCGGUAGCUACAAUUUCCCUGAAACCGUGAACUACACUGAAAGCGUUUCGUUUCCAUGGAAACAGGUCAAUCCCAAAACCAGCAUACAACAGAAACAAUUUGACCAAGUGGAAAAGAAAAGAAACAUGAGAAGUAUCAUUGCUGAAGAUCCAAACUGGUGCUUGGAUUUGGUUCCCAGUUUAUCCAGCAUAUGUCUGCAGUGCAUUGUGAACACCAUUGAAGAAACGCAAAUAUUUGAAAAACUCACACCCGACCAGAAAGAUUUAAUCCAGGAACGGCUGCCUCCUUCCCUGCCUCUGCAUGAGACUGCCAACCUGGUCCCUGAUGGUGUUUAUUGGAAGCGGUGCUGCGAGCUGAGGUGGAACAUCUGUGACGUCUCUCUGUACGGCCACAGCUGGAAACGAAUGUUCUUCGAGAGGCACUUAGAGAACAUGAUUGAACUUUUUAUCCCAGAUUUAACAGAGCCAAAGACAGUUCUCGAUGUGCUCCCUCUUUGUAAAAAUUAUGUCAGGAGGUUGAACAUCUCACAGCUGUUGUUGCCUGUAAAGAAGUCUCAGAAGAGGAAGGAGGAUAAGCCUCAUGAAUCAGAUGUGGUAGUUAAUGAUGAAGAAAAUGAGGCCUCUAUGGACCACUUUGACUUUAGGCCUGUCUUGGGCGAGCUGCUAAACCUGGAAGAGCUCCAUUUGGUGUAUAGAAUCAAAAAAUGUGGGAUGAACUUUGAAUGGUCAAUGUUUGAAAUAACUGACAGAGACUGUAAAUACCUCGCCAUGGCUCUUAAGUCCUGUAAAACUCUGAAGCUUCUGAGGCUUCGUCAUAGCCAUGUUGAGGAUAAAAAGUGUCGCCUGCUGGUAAGAUGCUUGCUGGACCAUCCUUCCCUGAAAGAGCUUGACUUAGCUCACAACGUGAUCGGAGACAGUGGGGCCAAAGUGCUUGGCGAGCUUCUCACCAAAACCAAACUGGAGAAACUCAACAUGUGCAACAACAAAAUCAGUGAGGUUGGUGCCAAAGCCAUAGCCCAUGCUUUGACAAACAAUUUCACUCUUUGGUCCCUCAACCUGCGUCUAAACCAGGUGAGGGAUGAAGGGGGCCAGGCCAUUGUCGAGGCCUUACAGAACAACACGACUCUGAGUCACCUGCACCUGGGAGGCAAUGAUGUGACCUGGAUAACUGCUGUUGCACUUUCUAAAGUGCUGGUAAAGAAUACAACACUGAAGAGCGUCAAUCUGUCCUGCAACGAGCUUGGAGAGGCCGGAGGUAAAGCUUUGGCAGAGGCAAUGUCUCACAACAGCACUCUAACAGAAUGUGAUAUCCGCCAGACAGACGUUGAUGAGGAGAGUGCUGCCUCCAUUGACAAGGCGGUGUGGGCCAAUCAGAGUGCAGAGUGGGACCAGCAAGCCAAGCAGAGAACUAGAAACCCCAUUAGUCCUUAAUAUAAACCUGCAUUUAUCAGCUA